AUGGGGACGACGGGGAGCUCCGACCCACCGCCGGGUUCCGUGGAGUUGUUCGUCUGCGGCAGGCUGUGCCUGCUCGGCGAGCACAGCGACUGGGCGGGCGGGUUCAGGUCUUCGAACCCUCACAUCGAGAAGGGCUACUGCCUGGUGGCUGGCACGAGCGAGGGCCUGCGCGCGACCGUGUCUUCGCUCCCAGGGCCCGACGCCUCGCGCGUCCUCUCGAUGACGUCCACGACGGAUACCGGCGAGCGGCGGACGCGAACCUUCAACCUCCGCGAUCCGGGCUCACUCCUGGAGGAGGCCAGAGCUGGCGGCUUCUGGUGCCACGUCGCGGGCACGGCCCAUCACAUGGUGACGACGUUCGGCCCGAAGAUCGCGCACUCCAUCGCCAUCGACAACUACGACACGAACCUCCCCGUCAAGAAGGGCCUCUCGUCCUCCGCGGCGGUGUGCGUCCUGGUCGCCAGGGCCUUCUCGCGCGUCUUCGACCUCGGCCUGACCGUCCGCGACGAGAUGGACGCCGCGUACCGCGGCGAGCGAACCACGCCGAGCCGAUGCGGCCGGAUGGAUCAGGCGUGCGCGUUUGGCCCCGGGCGGGUGUCGCUCCUCUCCUUCGACGGCGACAGCCUCGACGUCACCCCGAUCGAGGACGUGGGCGGGCCCGACGGGUUCCACUUCGUGCUCGCGGACCUCGGGGCUGGCAAGGACACGGUGCGGAUACUUCGCGACUUGCAGGCGGCGUACCCGAAGGCGUCUACCGAUGAUUACAAAAGAUUGCACGAGCUCCUCGGGCCAUUCAACGCGAAAACGUGCGCUGCGGCGGUGGACGCGAUGGCGAGGGGGGACGCGCGUGAGCUCGGCGAGGUGUACGCCCGCGCGCAGGCGGCGUUUGACGAACGCGCCGGGGCGGUGUGCCCCACGCAGCUGGGCCAUCUCGGGUCACCGGUGCUGAGGGCGGUGCUGACCAGCGAGCGGAUGCGAGAAUUCGCGUGGGGCGGGAAAGGGGUGGGGUCGCAGGGAGACGGGACGGUGCAGCUGCUGUGCCGGGGGGAGGCCGGGAUGGCGGGGUGCGAGGAGGUGCUGCGGCGGGACUUCGGGCUCGUCCACACCAUCCGACUCGUCAUACCCCCGCGUCGACGCGACCCGAGCUCGCUGGCCGACGCGUAGUCAAAAUCUCUAAAAUAAACCCGAUAGCUACACC